AUGCCGAGUGAGCCUAGGGCUCCCAUUGCCAUUGUAGGCUUGGCAUGUCGCUUUCCCGGCGAUGCUACAGACCCAUUGAAGUUCUGGGAUAUGCUCAAGAGCGGACGAGAUGGCUACACACCAAAGACAAACCGAUACAACGAAGAUGCCUUCCACCACCCAGGAUUCGACAACAAGCGCCAGAAUGUCCUGCCCGUCAAGGGUGGAUACAUGCUCAAGCAGGACCCCUAUGUAUGGGAUGCUGCCUUUUUCAACAUCACAGCCGCCGAGGCCAUCGCCUUCGACCCCAAGCAGCGUAUCGCCAUGGAGGUCACGUACGAGGCCCUCGAGAAUGCCGGCAUGCCCCUGCGCAAGGUGGCCGGCACGCAGACUGCCUGCUACAUGGGCACCUCGAUGAGUGAUUAUCGAGAUUCCAUUGUCCGAGAUUUCGGCAACUACCCCAAGUACCAUCUCCUUGGUACCAGCGACGAGAUGAUUUCAAAUCGCAUCUCCCAUUUUCUCGAUAUCCACGGCCCUAGCGCUACUAUUGAGACCGCCUGCUCAUCCAGCCAUGUGGCUACUCAUCUUGCUUGUCAAAGCUUACAGUCUGGCGAGUCAGAGAUGGCUAUUGCCGGUGGUGUGGGCAUGACUCUGGUCCCAGAAAGUACCAUGCAGCUCAACAACCUGGGCUUCCUCAGCCCUCUGGGCCAGUCCCGAGCCUUUCCAAAGCAGGCGGACAAAGCCAUUGCGGAUGGUGACACGAUCCGCGCCGUCAUCCGCGGCUCUGGUGUCAACCAAGACGGUUGGACUCAGGGUGUCACGAUGCCUUCAGGGGCAGCUCAGGCCGCCUUGAUCAAGUACGUGUACGAGUCUAACAAGCUCGACUAUGGCGCUACCCAGUAUGUGGAAGCCCACGGUCCGGGCACCCAGGCUGGUGAUCCUACAGAAACUGGUGCCAUCUACCGCACCAUCGGAGUGGAGGGACUCAAGACCAACCCGUCACGCAAGAAACUGUGGAUCGGUAGCGUGAAGCCGAACAUUGGCCAUCUUGAGUCGGCCGCUGGUGUUGCCAGUCUAAUCAAGGGCAUCCUCGCUAUGGAGCACGGGUUCAUCCCACCCAACAUCCAUUUCGACGAGCCGAAUCCAGCCAUUAAGCUGGAUGAAUGGGGCCUGGCUGUGCCCACGAAGCUCACUCCCUGGCCUGCGUGCCAAACGCGACGAAUGUCCAGCAGUGCCUUUGGCAUGGGAGGCACCAACGCUCACAUCGUUCUUGAGCGGCCCAACAACCUGCUCGAGAACGGCAACGCUGCAAAUGGCGCCACUCCUAAUCAUGCCACGAGGCUCUUCACUUUCAGCAGCCACGACCAAGCUGGCUUCAAGCGUAUCGGAAGCGCGCUGAUCGAACACAUCGACCGCCUCGGCCCGGCUGCCUCGACGCCAGAGUACUUGUCCAAUCUCUCUCACACGCUCGCCGCUGGACGCUCGGGUCUAUCAUGGAAGGCCUCGUGCUUCGCCGACAGCGCGGCCGAGCUUCGGGAGCAGCUAAGCACGACAUUGGGAGAGAACGCCACUCGUAGCCCCAGCAGCCAGGAGCCGCGCAUUGGUUUCGUCUUCACUGGCCAGGGCGCCCAGUGGGCUCGUAUGGGCCUGGAGCUGAUGGAGCGUAAGGUCUUCGCAGACUCGGUGGCCAAGUCAGCCGAGCUGUUGCGCGAGUUCGGUGCGGAUUGGGAUCCCCUGACGGAGCUGUCCAAGGUUCAGUCGGAGUCUCGCGUCGGUGUUCCUGAGAUCAGCCAGCCCAUCUGCUCUGUACUGCAGAUCGCUCUAGUUGACCUGCUCCGAAGCUGGGACAUCACCCCCUCCAAGGUGGUGGGACACUCUAGUGGCGAGAUUGGUGCUGCCUACUGCAUGGGCGCACUCACUCAUCGCGAUGCCCUCAUGGCAGCCUACUUCCGUGGCAAGGCGUCUGCUGGCCUCAAGGACCGCAAGGGAGGCAUGAUGGCAGUUGGUUCCUCGCCCAAGGAGAUAAAGAAGCACAUUGCGGAUGCUGGAACCAACGUCACCGUCGCCUGUGUCAACUCUCCCUCGAGCAUUACCCUCUCUGGCGAUGUUGAUGCCCUCGAGACUCUGCGAGCUCUGCUCGAGCAACGAGGCAUCUUUGCCCGACGCCUCAAGGUUGACGUCGCCUAUCACUCCUCACACAUGCAAGCCUGCUCCAACGAGUACCGCACAUCCAUUCAGGAGCUCGAUGGCCAGAUGUCAGAGGAAGAGGCAGAGGAGCCCAUCGUCAUGGUAUCCAGUGUCACUGGUAGCGAGGUUGAUCCCGAAAUGCUCGGCCCCUUCUACUGGGUGCGCAACCUGAUCUCGCCGGUGCAAUUCUCCGACGCUCUCAAGGAGCUUGUCGCUCCCGCUGGCGAGGAAAGCGAAACAGGCCCUGCUGUGGACAUCCUUGUUGAGAUCGGUCCCCAUAGUGCGCUGGCUGGCCCUGUCGAGCAGAUCCUCACCCACCAUGGCAUCAAGAAUGUCGCCUACGCGUCUAUGCUCACGCGUGGACAGAGUGCCGUCGAUACCAGCAUGAACCUUGCUGCCGAGCUCUUCCGCCGCGGCGUGUCCGUAAACGUGUCCAAGGUCAACGGCGACUCCCACACCCACCUACUGACCGAUCUGCCACCGUACCAGUGGAACCACUCCGAGGUGUUCCGCGCCGACUCCCGUUUCCAGCGUCAGAUUGUCUCUCAGAAGAUGCCUGCCAAGAGCAUCCUGGGCGCUGAGAUGCCCAGUAUGAGCGAGACAGAGCGCGUCUGGCGAGGCUUCAUCCGUCUCGAGGAGGAACCGUGGCUGCGUGACCACACCGUCGGAACCACGGUUCUAUUCCCAGGUGCUGGUGUUAUCAGUGUCGUCCUCGAAGCUGCCCAGCAGAUAGUCGAGGAUGGGAAGAAGCCUCGCUCCUUCAUGCUGCGUGACAUUUCCUUCACUGCCAUGAUGGCCCUCACUGAAGGUGUGGCGACAGAAAUCAUCAUUCACAUCCAGCCUCACCUUGUUGGCACAACAGGAUCUACUCGGGCCUCCUGGUUCGAGUUCACCGUCUCUUCGGCCACUGGUGUGACCGGUACCGUCCGGAACAACGCUCGUGGUCUUCUGUCCAUCAACUACGAAGAUUCUCGCAGUCCUCAGAUGAUCCGGGAAGACGCCAGCAUCGAAAAGACUCGCGUGGAAGACUACCGCCGCAUUCUCAGCGAGUGUCCCGACACAUGCUCCAAGGAGAAGUUCUACGACACCAUGGCCAAGUCGGCUCUUCAGUAUGGAGACGUCUUCCGUGGCGUCGAGACGUGCCACCCCAGCAACGGCAAGACGGCCUUCGAGAUUCAGAUGACUGACAUUGGCGAGACCUUCACCAAGGGUCGACUAGCACGGCCCUUCCUCAUCCACGGUGCGGCCCUCGAUGCCGUUCUCCAAGCCUGGCUGGGUAGCACCAGCGGCAGCAACGGUCCCGGGUCUUUCGGCUUUGACAUGCCCAUGCUUCCCAAAAGCAUCGGAGAGCUGGAGAUUUCCGUGGACAUUCCCGCCGAUAUUGGGUACAUGAUGCCAGGGUACAGCCGCUCCAGCAAGUAUGGCUUCAACGAGUGGUCGGCCAACAUUACCAUGCUCGACACGGAACUAUCCCGCGUCUUCCUGUCCAUCACCGACUUCCGCCUUGCGGAGCUUGACGUGGACGAUGCCGCCAAGCCAACGCGCGAGGGAGAGGCUGUCGACGUCGACCCAGCGGAGAUCGCCUCCGACGUUCAGUGGAACUACGCCCUCGACCUGAUGAAGCCGAGCGAGGUCGGUGAGGUGAUCUCCAAGGCUUCUGCCUCUACCCCUUACGAUAGACUCGUUGAGCUCGUCCGUAUGAACAUCCACAACCGCCCCGCAGCUGAUGUUAUUGAGCUUGUUGCCGCUUCCACGAAGCUUCCCAACGCAGUCAUGUCGAAACUGCCCAAGGGCGUCAUUAACCAGACCCAGAUCCGAUACGCCCUAGCCAACACCGCUGAUGAUGAGGGCCCCAAGGGCAUUGACGAGGACAUGCUGGCACAGUCGUUCCCUCUGGGACCUCUGGACGCCCCUCUGGCUGCUGACAUUGCGCAUGCGGACCUGAUUGUCAUUCCGUACCACACCAUCGAGGAUCUCAAGGCAGACACUGACAGCAUCAUGGAGCGUCUUAUUAGCCUUGCCAAACCUGACUCGACCGUCCUUCUUGUCGACUCAGAUGCCUCAAGCGUUGGCGGAAACAAGUUCACCUCUGUGCUGGCAGCCGAGGGCUUCGAACUCUCCAUCUCGACCCCCGCUGGGGUUGGUUCGCUCACUCUUCGACAAUUCAGUAAUAAUAAGAGUACCCAGACCGAGAGGCUGAACAACGGCUCCACCGGCAAGAAGGCCGUUAUCCUGGCCCCGGCCAAGUCGUCCUCUGCGGCACAGAAUUUUGCUCACGAGAUCGAGGAUCUCCUCAACGACCUUGGCUUCUCCACUUCAACAGAGGUCGGUGUUGGUGCCGGCAUCGACGCCUCCACCACGUAUGUGUCUCUGCUGGAGCUUGAGAAGCCACUGCUGGAGGACCUGUCUGAGGCCGAGUUUGACGGUGUCCGCACCUUGAUGCUUAAUUCAGAGCGCCUCCUCUGGGUCACCCAGGGAGCGAAUCCAUCCUUUGGGCUGAUUGAUGGCUUCGCUCGAGUCAUCCGCAGCGAAUAUGCCAGCGCAAAAAUCCAGGUCCUGCAUCUCAUGAGCCCGGGAACCGAGCAUGGUCCCGCUCUGGCCUCGCGUAUUCUCCUCUCACCUACCGAGGACAGCGAGUUCAUGGAGAUUGGUGGCCUUCUAAAGGUUUCUCGCAUCCACAGGAACCUCAACGAGGAUGAUCACAUUCGUCAUCACCUGCUCGACUCGACUCGUGUGAUGAGCCUGCCUACAGAUCAGGACGCCCCUGCUCUGAAGCUGGCCGUCGGCAAACCCGGUCUGCUCAACACCCUACAGUUUGUACCUGAUGAGGCUAUGGAAUCGACGCCUCUUGGCGAUGACGAAGUUGAGCUGCAGGUGAUGGCCUCGGGCAUCAACUUCCGAGACAUCAUGGGCUCUAUGGGUCUUCUCCCAGUGUCUGGCCUUGGUCAGGAGGCUAGUGGUAUUGUCAUUCGCACAGGCAGGUUAGGCGCAGCGAAUCUCAGGCCCGGUGACCGCGUGAGCACCCUGACAGUCGGUGGUACUCAUGCCACUAAGAUCCGAUGUCACUACCGCGUUGCGCAGAAGAUCCCCGACAACCUCUCUUUCGACGAGGCCGCCGGUAUCCCCGUCGUUCACUGCACGGCCUACUACGCCCUCGUCAAGCUCGCCAAGCUUCAGCGUGGCCAGUCUGUCCUCAUCCACGCCGCUGUUGGUGGAACUGGACAGGCUGCCGUCCAGCUCGCCAAACACCUGGGCCUCACCGUCUACGCCACUGUGGGCACUGACGAGAAGCAUCAGCUGCUGAUGAAGCAGUAUGGCAUCCCAGAGGAGCACAUCUUCAACUCUCGGGAUAGCAGCUUCGUCAAGGGCAUUGAGCGCAUUACCAACGGCCGCGGUGUUGACUGCGUCCUUAACUCCUUGUCUGGUGAGCUCCUCAGACAAUCAUUUGGCUGCUUGGCAACAUUUGGUACUUUCAUCGAGAUUGGACUUCGUGACAUCACAGACAACAUGCGCCUAGACAUGCGUCCCUUCCGCAAGAGCACGACUUUCAGCUUCAUCAAUAUGGUCACGUUUCUCCAGGAGAACCCGGAUGCGAUGGGAGAGAUCCUGCAGGAGGUUUUCGACCUCCUCUCCCGGGGUAUCCUGAAGCCGGCAUACCCUGUGACCGUCUACCCUGUCGGCGAGGUUGAGGAUGCUUUCCGCGUCAUGCAACAAGGUAAGCAUCUGGGCAAGAUGAUUCUGUCUUACACGCAGGAUGGUGGCAAAGCGCCCAUUCUGUGCAAAGCCAAGGAUUCGCUCAAGCUCGAUGCUGCUGCCACAUACCUCAUCAUUGGUGGUCUCGGAGGCUUGGGUCGCAGUUUGGCGACCGAGUUCGUUGCCUCUGGAGCCCGCAACAUUGCCUUCAUGGCGCGCUCUGGUGACUCCAAGCCCGAGGCGAAAACCACCGUCCAUCAGCUUGUCUCUCAUGGUGCCAACGUCAAGGUGUACCGCGGCGAUGUCUCUGAUGAUGCCUCAUUCCUUGCCGCCAUGAAGCAGUGCUCGGAGGAGCUGCCGCCUGUGAAGGGUGUCAUCCAGAUGGCCAUGGUACUCCGUGACGUUGUAUUCGAGAAGAUGAAGUACGAGGAGUGGACUACUGGUCUACGCCCCAAGGUCCAGGGUACAUGGAACCUGCACAAUUACUUUAGCAGUGACCGCCCUCUCGACUUUAUGAUCUUCUGCUCGUCCAUUGCUGGCGUCUUCGGUAACCCCAGUCAGGCCCAGUACGCUGCCGGCAAUACUUUCCAGGACACGCUUGCCAACUGGCGCCGCCACCAAGGUCUCAAGGCUGUCUCGGUCAAUCUAGGUAUUAUGCGCGACGUCGGCGUCAUCGCCGAGGGAACUUCCAACUUCAUGGCGGCCUGGGAGGAGGUCCUUGGUAUCCGGGAGCCUGCCUUCCAUGCCCUCAUGAAGAGCCUCAUCAAUGGCCAGCGAGAGGACGCUCGUUCAGAUUCCUGCCCAGCCCAGGUUGCCGUUGGUCUCGGCACGGGUGACAUCCUUGCUAGCAAUGGUCUCAAGAAGCCUGCGUAUUUUGACGACCCACGCUUCGGGCCUCUGGCUGUCACUAGCACCUCGUCAAACGCAGCGGGAGGCGCCGGUGACGGCUCGUCCGUCUCACUGUCGUCCAAGCUGUCGGCAGCCAGUGUUCAGAAUGACUCGGCCGGGGCUUCAGGCAUCGUCAAGGACGCCCUGGUCAAGAAGGUUGCCGAGAUUCUCCGCAUCCCGCCUUCCGAGGUCGAUGCCUCGCGACCCAUGUAUCGCUACGGCGUGGACUCGCUUGUAGCUCUCGAGGUGCGAAACUGGAUCUCCAAGGAGAUGAAAGCAAACAUGCCGCUCCUGGAAAUCCUGGCAGCUACGCCGAUGGAGGCAUUUGCGGUGCAGAUUGCCAAGAAGAGCAAACUUCUCGAGGGCAUGGAAUUUUAGGUCAAUGUCAUGGGACACAAAUUGGACAUCGGAAUGGAUGCUUUUUUUUCCACAUCUUUUCAAUGGCUUCCAGCUGCUUUUACUCGAACGGUUAUUUAGGUGCUUUGCUUGGUGCUCUAUUGUAACUUGAAUGUUAAUAACCCGAAUUCACAUACUCCUAACUGUCUG